CAAUGAGUCCCCUUCAUAGUUACAAAUGCCAGAGCAGCCCGAGAUUCUGUACAAGGUUCUUCAACGGAAUCAACAAUCUUUUCAUAAUAUCAGAAUUCCGCCUGCUGUGUAUGGCUCAAUAGCAGCAAGCUCAAUUGAUAUCUGCUCAUACCUAUGAGAGCAGAGAAGAACAGUCAGCACUUGCGAGACCAAACCCACCAACCUGCUCGGGUCAAUAUGAGUUCAUUGAUCUGUGGAAUUCAGCAUAUCAACUUGCGUUACGGGACUUUUGCUUGCCAGUGCAACCAGUUCAGGUGUUUUUCUUCUUCCCCUCAAUCCGAAACCGAAAGCUACAUAGAUGCAACAAAUUUCAUUGUCAGCUUGGCGUUCGGAGCUACAUCCGCCGUGAGGUCUCUCUUUGGAUAUUAGCCUAUUUUGGAGCUUGUCACUUCCAAACCUGGAUUUCGGAAGAUCAUGGUUCGUCCUGCAAAUGUACGGUUGGAAAGGACAGCUUUGCCGUCGAACAACGGGGCGAGAUGAUUGCUAGACUACAUGCCUACCCAGGCAAGCUAGGUAGCUACAACAAACACCUUGUUUUCCUUCGCAUUUGACUUUGUCAACCUAGUGGUUGGUAUACUAUCAGCAGGUGUCAAAGCCCAAUUCAUACACCCGUCGCUAUCUCACAAUGUUUUCGCACCCAAUCCCCCAAGCCCUCGGGCCCUUGCUCGUCCUCCUCUACUUAUCAUCGCCAGCGCUGGCCUGGGACCACCUCGACCGCAAACACCCCACCCACCGCACGCUCUCCACCUUCCGCUGGACGCGGCCCUUCCUCGACCUGGAGCUCAAGGCCGAGAACCCACACGCAGACCCCAAGGACCUGGACCGCGACAUCCCCGGCGGCUUCCACGUCUACUGCGAAGCGACCAAGACCUUUGCGGCGCGGCAGCUGACGGCGGCGGACCUGCACAAGCCGCCCCCGGACGGCCUCGAGCCCUGGGCCGCGGCGCUCGAUGUUGCCCUCCACCAGCGCGUCUACCCGGGCGGCUGGGACGGCGAGGAGCUUAUCGGCGAUGGCAUGCAGGUCUUGGUCAUGGAGUACAGCGACGUCCCGCCCACGGUCAGGCGUUUCGUGGAGCAGGAAGGGGUCGACGCUCACACGGCCAAGCGGUGGCAGUUUGGCGUCUAUGACAAGCCCGGCAGGGCCGGGAAGCAGCGGCGCGUGGCGUUUGGUGAGGGCUCUAGCUAUGUGGAGGACCGUCCGACUGCGCCUCAGGACAAGGUCAUGAUAUUUGCGCCGGGGGCGCUGUAUGACAUCCUUCCACUUUGGGUAGCUGAUGACAGCGCUUGCAAGAAGCAAUUCCAAGAUCUGGACAAGUACGUCAAGCACGCCGAGCACAACCGCGUCAUCGCCUGGCCCAUGACGCACACCGAGCCCGACCCGGCCCCCGGCGGCAGGAAGACCAUCUUCUUCCAGAUCAGGGCCAGUCUGCUGCUGGAGACGGUGCAAGGGCGGCGACACAGGGAGGCGUGGAAAAAUGUGCACCUGCAGGCUAGCAGGGCCGAGAGGAGGUUACAGAGGGACGAGAGGAAGAAGGGGAAAGGGAGGCGCCGUGUAGAUGCGAUCUGGCAUGACGAGCUAUAGUCUUUUUUGUCUUUGGUCGUCUUGUCUUUUCUCUUCUAUACCCUAAGCCAUCGUCUAGAAGUGUUCUAGACCGGGCUUCUUUCCCGAGAUUUCUCCUCUUUUUAACAAUAGCAGGUAUGCAAAAUGUAUGCAUAAUUCAGCCACUGGGUACAGCUUCCAAGCGUCUAUUGAUCACAGUUUCUGGAGAAGCUUCGAUCCCGGGCCGGCUACCGCACCCAUGCACCAGGAUGGGAUUCCCAAUAGGGAAACCUAACAUGAUCGACUUAUUUGCAGUAUGCACG